AUGUUUACAACACCUUGUUGGCUUUUUAUUGUCAUUUUGCCGUCUGUUUUUGGGUGUUGGUUUUCUGGUAGAACCAGAAACUCGAAAGAGGAUUGUUAUGGCCCUAGCAAACCCUUACCACCAGGGUUAGCGAGAGCAGCAGAGUUGCCGGAACACACCAUUGUUUGCCUCAGACAUCUGCGGAUGAUCGAGAGCCAAGACAAUCGGUGCUCUGCACCCUUUCAAGAGAAGCACUCAAAGAAACUUACAGAGAUUCCAGCGACACAUUAUGGAAUUAUUGAUAAUUACGGCCGAAAAAACGAAAACUUCCGACCAGGGAGCAAGUGGUGCCAUGCUUGUAAAAGUAAGUUUUACAAAAUAACAGAAGGAGAAAGUGGUAUGGCAAGAAGAAAACGAAGUAAGGUAAAUAUUGGCAAUUCCGGGUUAGUUUGCAUUUACAUUUUAUCAAGUCAGUAACAAGUACUCACUUUCCCCAACAUGUUCUUGUUACAUUCUUUAUAGAAAAUGGAUAUGAUGACCAGUUUAACGGAAAAGGAGACAGAGUUUUACCAACUUUACCAAAAGGAGGCUGAAAAAUGUCACACCCUGACAACACAACUGGAGAUGCUGAAACAACAGCUCUCAGGAAUAACAGGUUUAACUAAUUUACUUUGCAUUGCUGCAAUUAAAUUUUACAUCCCUCAACUAUUUUGCAUUUCCCAUAAAACACAUUUUGUAUUAAACGGUUGGGUUCCUUUAUUUUAGAAUCAACAAUUGACAAGAAGUUAGAGGAAUUUCAAAAGGCUCUUUACAGGCACCAAGUUACCACACCUGACAUAAAGAUUUAUGAUACAGAUUCCAUGAAACAGUUUGUGAAUAAAAACAGCCCCGGACUCUUUCAAGAUCUUCUUACCUGUGUUACAGGAGGUAAAAGCCUGUCUGAGAACAGAAGAAAGCUGCAAGAGCAGAGAGUAGUGGCUUUACUUCACAUCCUGGCUUAUUUUAGGUAUGUACUUUGAGUUUAGUGAUCUGGGAUAUAAUUUUGCACACAGUCAUUUAUAACUGGUAUAAUAACAUUUGUUUUAUUUGUCACAGAUCACAAAAACGUCUGCCCUACAGAAGGACAGCGGACUGCAUGCAUCCAACUGUGGCAUGUCAUUACGGGACUAUCUUCUGGCCAGGUGUUGGGAUACAGUACAACCCCCAGGACAAUACAGCAGUUAAAAGCUAAUUUGAGUGUACAACACACAAGCUUCAUUUGUCAACAAUUUCACAGGGUAAAUGAGGUGAGUCCCUUGGGUGUAAAUAUAUCUAAUAUCUAAAAGUUGUGUACCAAUUGCCCAAGAAAAAGCUUUGAAACAAAGAGAAUCAUCAUGAAAUCUCCUCAUACAGUAAAUAACAUUAACACAACAGUUUAUGUGUGUUGUGUUUAAUUUUGCUUUUUGUCUUUCUUAACAGCUGCAAUGCUUUAUAGUUUUAAUGCUUGAUGACUUCCACAACAUCCACUCACUCCAUACACCAUCACAGUUGAUACGGACAAAUGUCAUUCACAUGGCAUCCUGUUUGGCAGAUGUUCAUCCAUCAGUUCAUGCAGUCCCUAGGCCUGCAUUUCCCUUACACAGACAAGUGACAAUAAAUGUAAAUGGAGAGCAGAGGACCUGUGCUGGCGGAAUUGACAUUAACGAUGUCCUGCAAACAAUAACAAACUCAUUAAGGAAUAUGAAUAAACAGUUCUGGGACCAGCUACCAAGUUACAUGCAAAGCCUUGAUCCAGGAAGACUACAAACAGCACUACAUGAACUAAGGUACACAUUAGUCUUAUUUGUUACCCAUUUAUCACAGAAAAAUGUCUAUUACAAAAGAGAAAGACAACAGGUUAACAGCAAAAAAAAUUUGACUUAAUAAUUGCAAUGAAAUUGUAAAUAUCUGUAAUGUCUGUCUGUUGAACAGGGUGUACUCAGAUCCAACAACACAAGACAUUGAGACGCUCGAGACUUGUAUGCUAGUUGAUGAGUUUCAACAAGAUUUAAAGAGCAUGGAACAUUACAAGAUGGCCCUUGAACGUGUACUGAACAAAUGCCCUCAACUUAACAUGUACAGCAAGAAAUUUGUUGUACCAUUGCCUGCUGACUGGCCAGGGUGGUACUAUCCCAAAAAGCUGAUAGCAAGUGGAUGGAAUCCCAACAUUAGCAUAAUUCCAGAACAAGGGCCAUUUCAUGUGUGUCUGAAUGCUUAUGAAGAUGUUCUUUUGAAUUUUAAAUUUUUUUUUUUUUUUUAA